AUGGAUUUUAUUUCUAUAGAUAUCAACAAUAAAGAUAAUAUUUACAAUGUAAUUAAUAAAAUUGAAAUUAAAACUGAUAUCAAUAACGAAAAAGAUAUCAAUAAUGAAAAAGAUGUUAAUAUCAAUAAACCAUGUAUCAAUAAACCUAUUAUAGAAAUAUCGCCAAAUGAAACAUAUCUUGUUACUUAUAAUCCAAAAGAUUAUUCAAUCGUCGACUACAUAUGUAUUUUUGAUGAUAAGAAACUUGUAUGUAUGGUUCACGAGGUAACAGAUGUUAUCCAAGCCACCUGGUCUCUUCAUAAAAGGAAAGAAAAAGAGAGAUUUCAAGCAGCUCUCUAUGACAUUCCAGACUCAAUGACAGCUGCUACAUUAUUUCACCAAAAUCAAACCCAUCUGACUUUAUCAGCGAUUAACAGUUUUAAAGCCUUUAAAGUUAUUACAACAGAAGAAAAGAAACGCAAACUUGUAAUUUAUUUGGAAAAAUGGGAAGAUCUAAACAAUCUUGUAGGUAAAACAUAUGAAAUUGAUGGCAAAACUUUAGAUUGGUGCCACCACACUUUCCCACAUAGGGAUUGGAAUCAAUUCAAUUGA